CUCAUUAAGUAUUUAACCUUCAGCAUCCAGAUAAGGUCUCACUGUGUGCUCAGCGUUGGCGCAAUGAACAGAGCGUUUCUCCUUGCGGUGUGCCCGCACGCAUGAACGUGACGGUGUGGUUUUGUUAUUGACUGGGUGGGGAGGAUGAUGCAGUGAAUCAGCGUUACGGUAUGUGUACGGUAUAGUUUAGACCUGAUGUACGUCCUGGAUCCUGUAUGAGAAAUGACACGCCAAACUCCGAAGAAAACUCUCGGAUUUAAAUGUUUUCUGACUUGUCGGAGGGGACACUGACAGAAUACAACGAAACCAAACAGAUGAUGGGAAUGUGUGGAGCCUAUUGCUUAAUUCGGCAUCAUUUGAUCAUCCAGUAUCUCCUCAUCACUGUCCUAAACUUUGUUAUCUGAAGUCUUCCACCAAAACAAAGCGCACAUCGGGUGGCCAGUUGCGUGCCAAAGACUGACUCAUAAUGUUGACCCAUCUGCAACAGAAGGCUUGAGGAUGAUUUGAACAACCAGAAAACCUCUCAGGCUGAAUCUACAUUAUGACUGAAUUAGAAGCCACGGUUGGGGAACCUCCCCCACCCUACAUGAUCUUUGUGGUGGUCUUCCUCUUCUUCCUCACCGGACUGUUUGGCUUUCUCAUCUGCCACCUGCUAAAGAAGAAGGGCUACCGAUGCCGCACCGGAGACAUGGACGAUGAAGAGGAGGGGGAGAAGCUCGGAGGAAAUGCAGACGAUGAUGAUGAGGAACACCAGGAUACAGUGGAGCAGAUCCUCAAAUGCAUUAUCGAAAAUGAAGCGAAUAUGGAAGCCUUCAAUGAGAUGUUAGGGAAUCAAAAAGUCUGCGUGCGCCAUGAUCCCAGGUUGCGUAAGGAAUCCAUUGGUGGCAUUCCUCCACAUCACCACACAGUUCACUCAGGCGCGGACCACAACUCCUGCCAUCUGUGUGCUCAGGGCCGAUCUAAAAAGGGUAGACGUCAAAGCCGAACCCCACGCUCCAAACAACGACCUGGAGAGCAGACUGUCUUCUCUGUUGGCAGGUUCCGGGUGACACAUAAUGAUAAGAAGCCCCAAGGAGGUCCUAAUCCAUUGGUCAGUUCAGGGGACCAACUGGACCAAUCCCAGGACAGCGAGGAACGGAAGGAGAGCGGGUACAAUCUGAGAAGCAUGUUCAAGGAUGUCCGACCGCCUUCUGAGAACUCCAAUGGAGUUGUUCCGAAUGUGGGGAAACGAAGGAAGAGUUUAACCAUAUUUGGGCUGAGACGGGGCAGUGACCCCGUUGGUAUUAAAGUAGGAGAGGGCGUAGGUAGGGAGACUGGAGGCAUUAAAUUCGCUAUUAAGCAGCAACCUGUAGUGCUGGAGGAACUGCAGUCAGAGAAUGUUGAAGUAACCCCUGAACUUGAUAUCAAACCUGAAUCCGAGCCCCAAAAGAAUCAAAUUUCUGCCUCACCUAAGCGUGACGCUAAAACUCAAGGUUCUGUUAAUUCUCCCUCAUCCCAAAAUAAGAUUCAGACUCGUGGUUUAAGCCCUGCUCCUGAGGAUGGCUUUAAACGUGAUCCCAGUCCUGAACCUUGUAUUAACCUUAAACCUUCUAGGAGUACAGCAGCUUCUGUUCCAAGCUCUCUUCCCAUCCCAUCUCCUGCUUCAUCUGGACAGACAUUUAAGACAUCGGAGAAAGAAGGAGAAGACGAGGAUCAGGUGUUAAAAAUGAAAGAUGCAUAUGAUCCUGGGCCACUGCAGACCUCCACACCCAUUGCCCCGAUGCAUGGAUCUAUUCCAGGUUUUAUUCCUGUCAUUCCUACUGGUCAACUUGAACCCUAUUCUAGCACAAGUUUUCCAGUUACUCAAACACCCCCAGAUCCAAGCUCUAGCCAAGCUAUGGAACCAGGUUUUGGUUCUAGUCUAGUUUUAAUAAGCUUAGGUUCAUCCCCUCCAUCUUCGACCCAAAUGAAGACCCCAUCAUCAGUCUCUUCAUUAAAAACUCCUACCUCACCUCUGGUGGUCACACCAAGCCCCAAACUAAGUUCAAGAAAUACGCCAUCAGAGGCUACAAAACCUGACUUUUCCCCAGCCCUCACUCCAAGCCCCAAAUUCCAAUCAGGUCGAAAGAUGUCUAGCCAAUCCCCUAUUCCAUCUUCAUCCUUUGGAAAAAGCACUAGCCCAUUACAAAUCCGAACUCCCUCACCUGCUCUUACUGCUAGACCUAAACUUGACACCAUGUCACCACAAACCCCCUCUUCUCCAGCUGACCAAAAUCCAUCCUUAGGAACCUCACCUCGUCUGAUUUUGAAGUCCGGAAGUAUGACGCCUGUAACAUCUAUGACCCAAGGGGAUAUGGUUUCAAACCUUUUAUCGCUAAAGGAACAAGAGCUAGAAGGAGUCCCAAAGAUAGAAGAAAAGACAGAAAUCAAGAGGGUUGGGAUUCUCAAAACAGCUUACAAUCUCCCAACAGAUGAGGGAGAUUGUAAAGCUUCUACCUUCUCUUCCCCCACUGAUCAGCUUUCUAAAGACAGACUGAGCAGUUUGCCUCUAUCCUCUUCCAGUCCACUGUCCCCCUCCUCACCAAUAGGGAGCAAAAUAAGUAAUGUGACCAUCGUCAAAGCCAGCCCUGACAGCAAGCGAGAGUUUUCUGUUGUCACUAUGGUGGAGGAAGGAGAAUCAUCUACUUCAAUAAAAGACCGGAAAAGAGAGACUUCUGAACUUGUGGUUAAAUCAGGAAAAGCAGGAAUUGGUCCAACAGUUGGUCAGGGAGAAAAUGUUUCAAUUUCAGGUUUUGGACAAACUGAAAGUCAACUUGAAGACACUCCUGGAGCAGAGAACAGGCCAACAGUGAGCCAAGAGAAGGAUGAUAUGAUGGAGAUGGAAGAUAUUAGAGACUGCAAAGUGACGCAGGUAGAAGAAGCUGAGAGGGCGGAUGAGGGGUUGGAGAAGAUGGUGGACAAACAAGUCUGAGAAUCUAAAGUCUCAUAUCAUACUGUUCUCUGACAAGCCAAAGGCAGAAGUGAGGAGGAAAGUAAAUAUAGUAAUAAUAAAAUUAAGUAAUUAUGAACUUGCCUUUAAUCAUUAAACCACUGCAGUGACUGUGCAUUGGGAUUGGAACUGAUUGCAGUGGGACUAAACUGGCUGGUUAACAGACUAGCUGGUUGACUGACUCACAUACUCUUCCACUGCUAGACUUAAACAGUGAUACAAUUAAUGUUGCAUGUUUUCACCCUUCUACCACAAAUCACAUAUGCUUUACAUAAUGACUAACCAAUUUGUAAACCAUUUUCGGUUUUUAGAUCUUGGAAUCAUAAAUAUCUGUAGAAAAUAUUUGAUAGUCUGGAACAAAGUAGUGGCCCCACCCCCACCACCAACUGAACACAGACCGACUGUCAUUCCUAAAUCCGCACAACUUGUAUGGCAACAAAAAAAAAAUCAGUGAGUUAACUUGAUGUUACUUGGAUUUCACAGCUUAAAGAAAGCUUCAGGAUUUUUAUACCAUGCAGAAUGAAUGCAAACAAACAGUAACAUGUAUACACAUCUUUAGUAGAAAGUAGUCCUUGAUUUAAUAUAUGAUUUCCAGUGCAUUGGAGAAUUAUGUUAUCAUUCAUAUGGACCAUAAAAGAACCAAUGCAGGAGAUUAAAUGUUUUAUUAAUGACUUGCUGAUCACUAGUUAACAUCUCGGUGUUGAAUUGACUUGCUAGCAGACUGGUUACAUUUGAGUAUUUAAUCAAAGGUGUGUGAUUAACAUUGAUUUGUCAUGAUUAUUUAUUGAUGUAUAAAGGUGCUAAGGGCUGGUAAACUCUAAUCUCAUUUAUUGCUUAACAAAUUAACAACACAGAGGACCAACAGUCACUUUGAAAAUGGAGAUGUAUCCAGAUGAAUAUGAAACAAGUUCUGCUUCUAGUUCUGAUUGCUUUUGGCAAAUACAGUACGCCUUUUUAUUCCAAAUGUCCCUCGUUUUUCUCCGUAUUUGGGAGUGCCAUUUGCCCUCGGUGCUUCAUUUUAUAGCACAGUGAAGAGUUUGACCAUGAGUAUAUAACCCAUAUAAAGGUAGGAAAGUGCAUUUUUUAGCACCACCAAACACAGCACCAACAGUCAUUGAUGUGACCAUAUAAAGUACUUACAACAUAUUGUACUAAUGCAAUCAAGUGCUUCCACUAUGACAUUUGCUGUAAACCAGUCAUUCCAUUCCCAGACUAUGUCAUUUUAGUUUUCUGAAAAUGUCCUAAUAAUACUUAAUAAUCAAGCAAACAUCGGCUUUUUAAUACUCUUAUUAUUCAUAAUGCUUCUUUCUGCCCAUGCUCUUUUGUCAUGUGUUCAAGAAAAUGUAACGCUAAAGAGGAAGCUGCAAAACAGCAAGACAUCACUACUAUGAUGACAAGUACAGCCAUAGACUUUGUACUAAUUACUGUAUUAUCGAGCAGUACAUGCCAUGGCAUGAUAGUGUGGGAGUUUUAUAUGGGAAACUCUCAGAAAACAGAAACAUGAAACUUCCGCAGAAUAAAUAAAAGCUGUGAAACUUAACAAAUAAUGAAUUUAAUAGUAUAAUAUGUAUUUUGCAAAACAGUGCAGAAUUUUAAAGUGGAACUUUCACAUCAGAUAAAAGACAGGGGAUUGUACAUCGUUGACUAUAGUGGAGCACUCCAUUUGUCCUCCCUCAGUUCAUUAUACAACUUGUAACAUGAAACAACAUUAGUGUCUAUGAUACCUGCAAAACCAGUCAUUCUGAAAGACUGGAGCAACCUGGCUAUAGGUAAUAAGACAUGUAGUUUCUGUCAUAGUUACAGGUGUAUAAUGAUAUACAUAAAGAAUAUAUACAGUAUGUCUCAAUACUCUCUCAUACAACACUAUUACAAUAAUAUAAGGCCAUUGUACACCUUGCAACAACAAUCUAAAGACAUGUUCUAGAAUGUAUGUUUUACAUUUGUUUCACCAACAUUGCGCACUAAGAAGAUUUUAAGGAUUGCCACUUUAAGUAGUGUUGAAGGAAAGCCAUGCAAUGUAGGUUAAAAGAAUGUUGAGAACGAGUUGACCACUGUAAGGAAAAACAAAUCGAGAAUAGAGUCAAAUAUUCACAAAUGUCUUGAAAUCUUGUCUAAUCAAAAGACAUUUUGCUCCCAAAGCAACGUUUUUUAAAACGUAUAAUAUAUGUUUAAUUAUAAAACUUCUUUUAAUAUCAAAUUUUAUUGUUAUCAUUACAAGACAAUCUGACCUAUUUUCUUAAAUAUUUCAUUUUCAUUCUCAAAAUCUCAAGAUGUUUCUUUCUUAACAGUGGCCCUAAUACACUGCUGUGUAGAACUACAAAUAACAAGAGGGGCACCAUUACACCCUGCACAAGGACAAUUCUCAAAGGCUCUGUUCAAACAUUCAGAAAACAAAACAAAAUAACACACUCAGACGUAUAACUUAAAUGACUUACCCACAGUGGCUGGUCAGAUGAUUUUGGUUCUAUGUCUCAGGUUGAGACAUCUGCCUUUGAAAGUUUAAACUAAAUAGCAGAGGUGACUAAAAAAUCUUUGUCAGAUAAGAUUGGGGUUAAAUGAGAAAAUAUGUACAUAAUUUAUAUAGUUUUGAGCAAACAGAACCUUUAAGAAUUGCAUUUGUGCAUGCCGUACUAGUGUCCCUCUUUUAUAUGACACCAUGGUGACUCUAUUACACUCUAGACAGGAGUCUGUGUUUGUUAAGAUUUCCAUUUGCUGGCAUUGAGCCCAUUAAGCUGAGCCUGUGGCCCUGGAGACUCUUUCUGGAUAAAACAGAGGGAAUUUAUCAGACACAGUUCAAAGGUUUCAGGUCAAAGGUCAGCUUCAUUUCCUGGUCUUCAUGGGAAACCAACCAGGAGGUUUGUAGUCUUCUGUCCCAGUUUUCCUCUCACUGUGUCUUUCAUUUGCCCCCCCAGAAUUAAAAUUGUAGCCUCGUCUGUUUGACUUUGUGACACCUAGAGCCAAUCAGAGGACAUCCUAAAACACUGUUCAGCUGAAAAAAAAAAAACAGUACAGUAUCUUUACCCAGACCUCUACAGUAUAUUUAUAUUUUUUUAUGAUCUGUUUUUGAAUGUUUCAAAGUGUGAACCAAGAUAGAUCGUCUCCCUCUGCUGGACACCUUCACAUGUUAGAGUGUAUUUCCAUCACUCACCUUCAUCAGUUCAGUAAACAAGCUCCUAAACUGCUGUGUCACCCUCAACAUAUGUAUUCUAUUAACAACAGGUGUUACUUUUCAACACCGUAUGUGUGUGUGUAAUCUUGUAAAAUACACUGCAAAAAAAAAACAAGUGUGUACAAUGAGGACCAUGUUUUGUUUGUUUUGUAUUUAUGCACUAUAUCUAAAGCCAUUUAGAACUAUAACAAUGAACUAAAUGCAUCAUAUAUGUACAUAACACUGCAAAUAUAGAAUCACGCACAUAAACACAUAUGAGACAUCUUAAUGGUGCAACUCUCAGCCACAUUAUUGAACACAGAUCUACAUGAAGCUCUGUGUGUCUCUAUUUUAUCUUCUCUCCAACAAACAGCACUUGUGUGGUUAGGGUUUUUUGCGCUGAGUGUCUCCAACUUGAUUUUAACAUCUGAGAUCAAUGGCCCGUCACUAAUACAUGAAGCAACUAUCCAGACAAGUUAUAAGGUUGUGAAGGUGGCUGCAUUGCAAGACAUCCACUAAAACAGGUCAUCCACAGUGAUUUUAGUUUCCUCCUUUAUUUCCAGUUGUAUAAAAGACUUAAAAGGGUCAAGAUCUGAUUUUAAAAAAAGUCAAAGCAUUUUUAAAGAAAAAGAAAAACAACUUUUGUCUGGUAAUUGUGUAAAAUAAUAGCACAAUUUUCUAAAUAACCGAUGUCCUUUGAAGCAGUCAGGAGACUGUUACUAACUGAAUAUGUUAUAGAUAAAGGAACAUUUAUCAGCUAAAUGUAUAUGCUUUGUUUGAAAUCUCCAGAGAAUGAAUAUGGCUAAAGUAAUAUUAAGAAAGUCUAUGCAGAGGAUUUUAUUCCACUAAGGCAUGUUGCAGAUGCAUACAUGGAAAUAAAACGGAAGGUUAUUUUCUGAAUGUUGUUGGCAGUGUUUCAGAACUUCCUACAUGUGUUUCUAUGAAGUCUUCAGCAGGACAGCCGUCUCUUAAAGGCUGGAUCACAAUCAACACAAGGGUUUAUACACCAGCAACAGCAUGAAUGUAAGAAGAGUACGCAGGGCAAAUCCAGUUUCCUUCCUUCCUAAUUGAGUUGCUUCUAUGUUCAUUUCUGCUUUAGCCUGACACAUAACACAAACACAGGUAUCUGUGUGUAUCCCAUACAUAAUGUUUUUUUGUUUUGUUUUAUGACAAUGGGACCACUAAUAAAUACACUUUGGUCAGCUUGCAACAUAAACGCCAUGUUGCUGCCCUACAAUGUAAAGAAAAUAAUUCAGUGUUAUUACAAAAAUGGUGAGACGCCAAGCAUUGCACAGAUCAGCAGCACACUGAAGCAAAGCUAAGAAGCCUCUAACCUCAUUAUUCAGCAUAAAUUAUACAACUAUAAAUCAAAUAAAUGGUGAAACAAAAGUCAAACUCAAAGUCUGCAGUACAUGUGCAGGAUACUACACAUGAUGUGAGUAUGUAAAUAUGCAAUUGUAUCAUAAUUUACUCUAGUGAAAUAAAAUAACAGAACUAUGCUUUUCAAA